AUGAGCCUUUGGUCCUAUGGCAUCGUGAAUCAUGGCAAGUCGGUGGACUUGGAGCCAGAACUCACAGGACUAUUACGAGACCGGCCUACCUAUCACUGGUAUUUGCAAAAUCAGGUCAGAGGCCAACAGCUGGAAUCUAGCACGCACGAUGUUCGCCUCCGAAUUGACUCAGGUACGAAACGGAUAAUUACGACCAACAUAGUAAGGAUGCCAGAGUCAGUGUCAGAAGGAGCACCGGUUCGAGGACUGAAGGACUUUAUUGCUGGAAGGCCGAACACUGAUUAG